CCGCGCCCGCCCGCCUGUAUAAUCCACACGCACACCAGACGAGCGCGAGCACGCACGCACGCCGGACACCACCCCAUCCUCCACCUGUUUCUCCUUCCUUCUUUCCCUCCCUCUAUCGCCUUCCCCCUCUCUCUCCCCUCCCUCUAUCGCCUUCCCCCUCUCUCUUCCCGGUCUCUCGCCUCGCCAACGCCCUUGCCUACAAGCCCGGACCAUGUCCCUCCUGCCGGGUCCUCUUGGCCAAACAUCCGGCGGCCGGCAGACUGCUCGGCUGUAUAGCCCUCCGGGUCCGCGGGAGCCCGGAUCCCCGGUGCCAGUGGUCCAGCUCUUUGCCAAGCCGGCCGACCUGGAUGCUCUGGCCGAGCAUGUUCGCCGGUGUCCAAGCGAUCGCUCCGCCGCCCUGGAGCAGCUUCGGUUGCUGUUGGACUCGAGCUUUUUCGGCCGGCGAAACCCCUCCUCCUCGCAGUCCUCCGACCUGUCUUCCAGCCCUGCCGGGCAGCUGGCCAUCCCGGAUGUGCAACCGCGCGACAUGCAGCCCACACCCUCCGGGGUGCCAACUCGCAUGCAGCAGCUCCUGCUUCGUUUCGCAGCGCGACUCGUUCUCUUGACGCCGCUGUCACUGGCGGAAAUCGAGGCGGCCGGCCCGGACGUCGCUCAAUACCAUGUGAUGCGAGAGCUGCUGCGGCGCAAGAACCAGGCCGACAGCCUCCAGUCCCCAUCUGGGGCGGCCUCGGCCGAUGUUCUCCCGGUGGACGGUGCCUUUUGCACGGUGAUGGUACUGCGUUGGCUGCUGCGGCACUUCAGCCGGCGCACAGCCAGCCCAGCUGGCAACACGGCCGGAAGUGGAGGCAACACUGCCGCCGGCGGUGGUGGCGGUAGUGGCAGCAGCGCCAGUGUCAGUGGCCUUGCGAGUAGCGGCCCGGGCAUCUGGCUCGCGCACCAGGAGGCUGCUCGUCUGGAGCCCCAUCCGGCCGUCCCUCCCCCGGGGAGUCUCUUUUCCACCGGGUCGCUUACUUUCCCCGGGAAGGUGGCCAUCCUGACCGAUCUCGGUUUGCCCGAAAGUCCGGCGCUCUGUAUGGAUCUGUUGUUUGAUCUGCUGACCGGGACUCGCCUCGAUCGCCACCUCUUCAGCGAGCACUUUGGUGAUGAGGUGGCCUUCGAGCGCUUCCGCCUGGCUUCAUUCCUGGAUCUGCUUCGUGGACUGUUCAGUGAGCUCGCCGCCACUGGUGAUCGAAAUUUGCUGCCACUGGCUCGUCGGGCAGCGGAGCAGGCUCUGGCCCUGGCCACGCGUCUGCCCGCUGGGCUGGAAUGUCCCGACGCAUUGUCGGCUCUGACGACUUCCCUGCAUCGGGCAGUGGUGGCGCUGGAAAGUGCACCUCUGCCGGCCUCCACUGCUCCAUGCUUGGAGGGGGAUUUUGUGUCGUCCUUUCCGGAGUUCCGCUGCCCCCUUGCACAUGAUGGCGAUGCUGCCGGCCCGGCAUCGGGCUCUCUGGCGGCGGGUCCCUUCUUUGUCAAUGACGAAAAGGCCAUGGUCGUCGAUGCCCAGGAGCCUCGGCCCGCGGAGGAACACUUUGGCCUGUGGUCUGCAGGGGCUCUGCUGCCCUUUUUGCCUCUGCCGGGAGCCGUUCGGGCGCGACUUGGCGCCCGCCGGCCGGGACUCCCACGGAUCCUGCGCGACUUGGGGGACUUUUCACCGGAAGAGAUGGAGUUCCCGAUGCCGGCCCUUCGAGCGGGCAAGGCCACCGCCCGGCAGUCCCGAGCUCGGGGCUCGAAGGAGCCUCUGACGUCUCGGUCUCCCGGGAACAGCACCUCGGCUGACCAAGAGGCCGGCGCUGAGACCGGGCCCACCGGUGUCCCUUCGAUCACCCUUCCCCCGGCCCCGGCCCCGGCCCCGGCCCCGGUCUUGCCCUCAGUGCCAGUGCUCCCUCCGGUUCCGAUGUUGCCCCCGGCCCCGGUGCCCGUGCCGAGUGAGAGACCCGAGUCUGGGGGUGGCCCGGUGUCGGCCCCGGCCCCGGCCCCGGCCCCGGCCCCGGCCCCGGCCCCGGCGCCCGGCGGUUCGCUCAUCGACGCGGCACGCGCCCAUGAGGAUGGCAUUGUCGGAGUCCUACGCCAAGCCGUGCGGGACCCAUCGCUGCUGGAUCUGCAAACCAAACUCUGCAAGAUGUGGACCCUGAUCAGCGAUCACAAUCGCAUCCGCAAGGUUCUGGACGUGGUGCAGUACAUUGAAUUCCUUCAAGCCCUGCUGAAUGAGCCCUUCCUUUCCAGCCAAACGGUAUUGCCAUUCGAUUUGCUGGCAGCCGGCGCCUUCCGGGCGGAUGCAAUUGCUGCUGGACAUGCGGCUGGGCUUCCGCAGCUUCCCAGUGCCCCGGGGGCCAACCCAUCAGCCGCGGCAGCCGAUGGUGGUGAAGCCACCGGCGGAUCGCCCCCCGGCCAGUCGGCCACCGGUUCCGGCUCGACUCCCGGGUCGCCAGCCACGACGGUCACAUCGGUCGAUGCUGACGCCCUCGCGCGGUAUGUCCAAUUUGUGGAUACCUUCCGCCAGGAGUCGCCGGUGACUCGGCGCCGGAGGCGCAUGCGUCUUGGCUUUGCCGUGGUCGAGCAGCUGCCUCAGCGCGUGGUCAAGCACAUUUGCAUGGUGCUUCCCUUCCCCCCGCCGCGGGUGUAUGCUGAUCUACUGGCUCUCUCUUGUGGCCGCGCAGCAAGUAUGAUUGCUGCCUCUCUUGUGGAAUUGCGGCCGCCGACGCGGCAGCUUCUGCCGGAGAGUGAACCCGGUGCCGGGGCGCUGGCCGAAAUUCUUGGCGGCAUGCGGGACCUCCGAAGCAUCCUGGCCCGUCUAAACCAAACCCUCGCUCCUCCUGCGGGUGGUCCAGCCGAAAGCCCCGCGCGGCCCGUUUUUGCCCAGUGGUUCUUGCUGGCAACAGCCAGGUGGGUCCGCCAGCGUGACCAUCAGCCGGCGUGUCGCGUGCCGCGCUUUGAUGCACUGGAUCGUGUGGUGACCGCGGCCGGGGCCCUUCGCAGUGGGGUGUCCCCGGCUGCGGCUACGGCUGCGGCUGCGGCUGCGGCUGCGUCUCCGACCGACCCGCAGGAUCCGGAGAUGUCCUUGAUUUUGGCCGCCGAGGAGGCAUCUGCCUCGAGUGGCGGGUUCUUCCCGGUGGUGGAUGGUCUCCGGGCAAUUGCCCACAGCCUCCUUCGAUGGCUGGUUUUCCAGCUGGAUGACUUCCCGGCUGCCGUGCUGGAGCGCGCUCUUCCGGCGGACCGGCGUCUGGUGGCCGAGGCUUCCACCGGCCCGGUGGGCACCGACACCGGGGCGCUUCCCCUGUUGGCGGGGCUUGGCCUGCUGUCCGAGCGACUGCCCGCGCCAUUGGCCCCGAGCGAGGCCACUCUGGGGCGUUUGCGCGGUCGGCGUCUCUUCCUCGUGGCACAGCCGCUGCUCGAGUCUCUGGAUCCGCGCGUGGGGCUGGUUUUCUGGAUGCUCCUUUGCUCGCUGUGCAGCCGGACUGCCUUUGAGACGCGGCGUCUGGCCACCGGUCGCGUGUCCGGGUCAUCGCCCGGGGCCGGGGCCGCGGGCGCUGGCGGCUGUGUUUCCCCGGGUGCCGGGGGCCUUGCCGAGUUGCUCGGUGGCCGGGGCCGGCAUCGGUUGGACACCUUCACCGAUCCGGCUGCCUCAUGUGGUUCCUUGUCGGUCCUCUGCUUGGAUCUGGAGCAACUGCGUGAAUCCGGUGACCCACUUGACCCGGCUGCCAUGGUGCCAGAUGUGCCCGGCUUGCGUGGGUGUUCGACUCUUCUUCAUCGAGUUGGUCGGUUUGCCGACCGGCAGCUGGCCGCUUCGCUGGCGGUGAGACCGCUUGUCGCAGUUGAUGCACUGGCGCAUUUCAUCGUGGACGCGGGUCGGUAUUGGCUCGUUCCGGCCCUUCAGGCACUCCACCAGGCUCGCCCCAUGCCACCCCGGCCACGCUCCCUUGGCCUGUCGUUUGACACCGAGCUGCAAUUGGCCUUCUCAGCCGCUUACAUGGAGCUCUAUCACCAGACUGGCCAAUCGGCCGAGGUGAUCCGCACCUUCGCCAACUCCGGGAUUGGGGACGUUCUGCUGGCCGACGCGAUUGGCAUCGGUCCAGGUGCCACACGAGUAGCCCUGCCGCAGAUUGAUGCUCUGUUGGAGGAUAUCUGCCCGGAUGCAAGCGCCGGCUUCGCCGCACUGGCAGCCCUGCGUCGGCGCCAGGUGGCCGAAGUUGCCGGCCCCGGCGCGCCGGCCGCCCCAGUGUACGGGUCGAUUCGCCAAUUGCUGGAUGAGGGUCUUUCGCUGUUGGCUCGGCGGGCCGUGCGUAGCCUCGUCGAAGCAUCCCCCUUCGCUGGGGAAUUGAACCGGCCCCAGGGGGCUUGUGCAGCUGCCUUGGCCGCAGUCACUCCCCUGCCUGGGGACCAUCCCCUGGCCGCGGCAUCGCUGCUGGACCUGCAGCCGGCCGCCGGUGCGGUGGUCUAUGCCCCGGGGCUGCUGGGCCCGGAUUUGGGCGACACGGCCUUCCGGGCUGAGCCUGGCUCCUCGUUGGCUCGGUAUGGGCCAAAUUCCGGUCCCCUGCCGGCGCCUGUGGCCCAAUCCGAGGAGCGUCUUCUGUUGCUGGUCGCCAGCGAGGCACUGGCACCGCGCUUGGCGGCGACACACGAGUUCCAUGUGCUCUUGAUUCAUCGUCUCGUGGUGGCUCUGGUCGCGGAACGGCGGCAUGCGGUUGCGGCACUCGUCUGCCAGCUGAUUCCGCUGGAGUUCGGCCACCUCUUCCAUCCGAUCCUCGAGGCGGCACCCGCAGCCGUGGCCCGGUUUUCGGAUUUACUGGCUGGCCCGAACUUUCUCCGACCCAGCCUCGGUCACUCGCUCGAGGAGCUUAUCCAUUUCUCGUGGGAGCCACGCUUGCUGCAGUCCCUGGCAGGCAUCAUCAAGCACCAGGGCCCAGCCGGAUCGACUCACCCAUCCUUCACACGUGUGUCCGAGGCAAUCGCUCGCCGGCCGGUGCUCAUCCCCCAACACCGAAAGGCCCUGUUGGCUGGAGAGCUCCUGCGGACCAUUUGCUCGUCCUCCCGCGUCCGAGAUCAGCUCUCCGGGCAGCUUGUCGCUCGACAGCAGCUUGUCGAUGGAUUUGAGACGGCACCCAAGCAUGAGCUUGCCUUCCUUGCCUGGGAUUAACCCCCCCCCCCCCCCGCCCUGGGAAGGUCGCCUGGGGGGAGGGGUUUGGCGCCCGGGGACCCUGCCUUUGACACAUGCAAUAGACUUCCACAUCCCUGGUUUGGCA